ACAGAGAGGGCUCUCGCUCCCUCCCACCGCCCGUGCGCACCGACUGUGACUGCGCUCCCCCCUCUCUCUCUCUCUCCCUCUCUCCCACAUUCAAACAUGGCGAAACUCUUUGACAUUAAACCACCACCACCACUACCACCACCAUCAUCAUCAUCACCCUCACCCUCCUCCGCUUCGCCGCCCUCCUCGCCGCUGACGCCACCCUCGUUACCUUCGCCAUCACCAUCACCAUUAUCUCCGGUACCGUGAUGACCCGGGAGGAUGGAGAAGUUGUCGGCGAGCCUGUCGGAGAUAUCUUGGAGCCCGUUGGCGCUGCCGUUGGACGCGGUGGUCAGCAAGUUCCGUCUGCCCACCCUGGUCCGCCUGGCCCACGGUGAAUGUGUGGAGGGCCUGUCGGAGGAGGAUGUGGUGCUGUUACACUCCUGUCGUCAGUGGACCACAGUGACUGCCCACAGCUUAGAGGAGGGACACUACGUCAUUGGACCCAAGAUAGACAUCCCUCUGCAAUACCAGGGGAAGUUCAAGUUGUUGGAUGAAGACCGAGACGUCAGGGAUCCGGUCCAGUAUUUUUCCAGUGUUGAGGAAGUUGCUGGAGUCUUCCCUGACAGGGUCUUUGUCAUGGAGACGAUCACAUUUAGCGUCAAGGUGGUUUCAGGCGAGUUCAGCGAGGACAGCGAGCCCUACAGCUUCACUCUGCAGGCUGGAGACGAGCUGUCACUCAUGGGGAAGGCGGAGCUUCUCUGCGCCACGCCCUCGAAGGAAAAGACGGGACUUAGCGCGCUCCUGAGACGCCUGGGCAAGACUCCUAGAAGUAAAACUCCCUGUCUGGUCUGUAUGAACCAUCGCACCAAUCAGAGCGUCAGCCUGCCCUUCGGCUGCCGUGGACGCUUUUGCACACGCUCCCCGCUGGAGCAAGGCAUGCUGGGGGGGGAGCACACGGUACGCAGCAUCAUCGAGAGGGUUCGCCUCCCCGUCAAUGUGUCUGUGCCUUCACGACCACCACGGAACCCCUAUGACCGCCACGCGGUCCGGGAGGGCCACCGGUACAAGCUGCUCAACAUCGUCAGCAAGACGGUGGUGCUCUGCAUGGUUCUUCGCCGACAGGAAGUCUCCCCCUCCCACUUCCUGCUGCUGCGCUGCAUGCCCCGGUUCAACGUGGCCGAGGCCUCCGUCCACACAGCAGCGCUAGAGAGCCUCCUGUUGCGACACUCGUUUGAUCCAGAUGCCUACUCUCGGGCUGUUAGAGAGACCCGGCCAGAGCUGGAGUGUAUGACGGAGGAGUGUGUGAGCCCGCGGCGCUCUCGAAUGUGUGUGUCGGGCCAGGACUCCUUGGCACCGGCGCUACAGCGCCUCUCCAUGUGCGGGUAUGGGGGUGGGGUUUCGGACAGCCUAUCACAGCGCUGCAGGGACUCUAUUGGAGAGCGGCUGGGGGAGGGGCCAGGUGAGGAGCGGGAGUAUGUGACUCCUGAGUGGACUGAGGCUGAAAUGAGGACCAGUGAGGAAAUCCCUUAUGAGGAACUUUGGACCAAUCAGAAUGCAGAAGGCUUGGGGAAGGAGCCAAACCUCAUCUCCUUCCAUUCGUCUUCCUCUUUGGACGGUUCUCUUGGCACCGUGGUGACAAGAGUGUCGACCCCGCCACCUGUACCUCCAAAAUCUGAUGCUGUGAGAGAGGAGUGUCGUUACUUGAUCGCCCCUCCAGUUCCCCCCCGCUGCUCUAAAGGAGGCUCCAUCUCCAGUCCGGCCCCCAGCCCUCCCGUCCCACCUCGCUUCCCCAAAGCCUCCACCUCCCCGAGACCCAACCUCUCCUUCUACUCCUCUGGACUUCAGGACAGCUGCUCGCCCUCUCCGGAUGCUUCCCUCUACUGUUACCCCUGCUCGUGGGCGGACUGCCCCGCUCCUAACCCUGCCAGUCCUGAGCCGGUCUCUGCCCUCCCUGUAGACAUCACAGCCAAUCCUCAGCCAGCACAGGCCACCUGGGCCGAGCCGUGGGUAGAUUCCUUCACCUCCUCUGGACCGCGACUAAGGCCGCCACCUCCACAGAGUCGAUUUGCUCCCUUCGGUGCGUUGAACCCCUUCAACCGCCAGUCCCCCUGCCCCUCGCCUGAGCCUGCAGGCAAUCCCACAACAGAUUCCUCCAGAGGUGCCGAGGGUGGCGGGACGUCCACAGGGGUCACUGAAGGGCUGUCCACGACCCCUGACCCUACCUGGCGGCCCCCUGCUGAUCUGUCGGUGCUGUCGCUGGAGGAAGUGUCGGCCUGUCUGCGGUUCAUCGGCCUAUCAGAGGCCGCGGUGGCCGUGUUCCAGAGGGAGCGAAUCGACGGCAGUCUCCUGGUGCAGCUGACUGACGAUAUCCUGUCACAUGACUUCCACCUGAGCCGACUCCAUGUCACCAAGAUCACACAGUUCAUACAGGGCUGGAGGCCCAAGAUCUAAUACAUACACACACACACACACACACACACACACACACACACACACACACUCACACACACUGUCCUGAUAAUGUGCCUGUUGGCUACUGAGCCGUCCUGAAUGUGCCUUCCACUGUGACCGACUGGCUGCUGAGCCACGACUGACUAGCGUUGAGAUUAUGCUAAAGGAAACGACGCCACCCUGUGGUCAAACUGUAGGACUGACACUUGACUGGCUCUCACGCCAGACUAACUGUGUACUUCCUGUCUGAAUCACAGACUGGGACUAGUUUACUAACAAAUGACUACAACAGAGGGCCACAUGAUGAGAGCGCCCCACUUCAAUUUGUAUCUGGGCAGUUUUUCGACCACAUUCUUCAUUCUCCGAGACAGCGAAAAGGUUUUGAGCUCUACGUGGAUCUGUGCAACCCUCACACAAAAUCUGAUGUGAGGGGAGAAAAAUUCUUUCAUUCUCUAGAAACAAUAUUUUAACUAAUGGAGAAUAUUGCAUCAGAGAAAAAAUGUUCAAACAACAGUGAAGGUUUCAUGUAAGUUGUUUUUUUCAUUAUGAGGGGCAUUUACAGCCUCUGUUGGUGACAUGUGAUGACACAGAUGUAACAUUGAAUCUGUUCCUACCUGAAUGUCCUUCAUCCGUCUCAUCGAGCCUCAGCAGCCUGCAAUUGGCUCAAUUGACAAAGUGGUUCUGAGGAGCCAAUAAAGAGUUAGUUGUUUAAAGUGUAACAUAAAAAAAAAGGAAUUUAAGAAAGUAUGAGUUAGAAGCACCCAAUGAGGUACUGAUUGAGUGUGUGGUACCGAUCAAUGAUUCACUGAACUAUGAACCUGAACUUCAAUAUACAGUUGUUUUUUACAUGCCCUUUAAACAAUUUUACAUUCCUCUGUGACACAAUAUGUCUGUCCGCCUGUCG